AAGAACUCUUGCGACCGUGGCUUCGGCCACAUUCGCCGCCAUGUGGGCCGCGCUAACUGCUGGACGAUGGACCACAUCAUUUCCGCGGUCAACGAGGCGGCCACUUCGAGCAUUGCAGUGCACAUCUCGCGUGGGAACGAGUUCUUCAAGAGCUACAAGCCGCUCGUGACGGAACUUUACAAAAAGCUAGUUGGGGUACAGCAGUACCAGAUCUUUAGUAUGGAGGCGACUAAACCCGGUGUAGUGCAGUGCAAGAAGGGGCUAGACGACGUGCCGGUUGAGCAGGAUCUACGGCGCAAAGUUGACAGGGUCCUGACAGAGAGCACUAAGGUGGAGCGGAUGCUCACCCACUUCCUGGAGGACCUGAGCCCUCCGUCGCUAAAUGCGGAGAAGAUGACCGAGCUCUACAGCAAGGUCCGCCCGUACGUCCCUGAUAAGUUUCAGGAUGAUCCUAUCUACGCUGCCCCAAGCCAAAACCAGCAGGACGACGCUAAAUCAGCAAAACAAGCUCGCAGAGAGCAUCGGGCAGCAAUGGCAAAGGCCGCGAAGGAGAACAGCGACCACCGAGGAAGAAACGAAGGCAACACGAGUGCAGCGACGAAAAAGAGAAAGACAAACAGCGAGUAA